GGGCUGGCGGAGCGGAGCGGAGGGAGCGCGGCGCCGCAGACCACCCAGUGCCUCCCGCCUCUGCCUCCUGCCUCCUGCCUCCUGCUGCCGCCGCCUCCUCCGCCCGGAGCGGACCGCUGCCUCGCCCGCCCGCCCAACCCAGAAGUCAACAGCAGGCGACCCGGAAGGUUGGAGCUCCGCAGCCCACCGCAGCCGGAUUCGCACCCCGAGCCCGGGCCGGAGGGGCUGCGGGGGGCGGGGGCGGGUGCGGGGCGAAGCCCAGCGGAGCCCGAGAGCCCAGCCAGGAUGGCAGAACCACGCUUUAACAACCCCUACUUCUGGCCCCCUCCUCCCACCAUGCCCAGCCAGCUGGACAACUUGGUUCUGAUCAACAAGAUCAAAGAGCAGCUGAUGGCCGAGAAGAUCCGUCCCCCGCACCUGCCUCCCACCUCAGUGUCCUCCCAGCAGCCCCUGCUUGUCCCGCCGUCGCCCGCCGAGAGCAGCCAGUCCAUCAUGUCCCUGCCUAAGCUGCAGCAAGUGCCCGGGUUGCACCCACAGGCCGUGCCUCAGCCCGACGUGGCCCUGCAUGCUCGGCCUGCCACCAGCACCGUCACGGGUCUCGGCCUGGCAUCCCGGGCCCCAGCAGUGAGCACCUCGGAGUCGAGCACCGGCACUGGCACCGGCACCGGCACCGGCACCAGCACCCCCUCCACGCCCACCUCCACCAGCCAGAGCCGCCUCAUCGCCUCUUCCCCCACCCUCAUCUCAGGAAUCACCAGCCCCCCGCUUCUGGACUCCAUCAAGACAAUCCAGGGUCACAGCCUGCUGGGUGCCCCCAAGACGGAACGGGGCCGCAAGAAGAUAAAGGCGGAGAAUCCAUCGGGGCCCCCCGUACUGGUGGUGCCGUACCCCAUCUUGGCCUCAGGCGAGACCGCCAAAGAGGGGAAAACCUACAGGUGUAAGGUCUGCCCCCUGACUUUCUUCACAAAGUCCGAAAUGCAGAUCCACUCCAAGUCGCACACGGAGGCCAAGCCCCACAAGUGCCCGCACUGCUCCAAGUCCUUUGCCAACGCGUCCUACCUGGCCCAGCACCUGCGCAUCCACUUGGGCGUCAAGCCCUAUCACUGCUCCUACUGUGAGAAAUCCUUCCGCCAGCUCUCCCACCUCCAGCAGCACACCAGAAUUCACACCGGAGACAGACCCUACAAGUGCCCACACCCUGGCUGUGAAAAGGCUUUCACCCAGCUCUCCAACCUCCAGUCUCACCAGCGACAGCACAAUAAGGACAAACCCUACAAGUGUCCAAACUGCUACCGGGCAUAUACAGACUCCGCUUCGCUGCAGAUUCACCUUUCAGCACAUGCAAUCAAACACGCAAAGGCCUACUGCUGCAGCAUGUGUGGGCGGGCCUACACCUCGGAGACAUACUUGAUGAAGCACAUGUCUAAACACACCGUUGUGGAGCACCUGGUCACCCAUCACUCGCCCCAAAGGACGGAGUCGCCCGGCAUUCCCGUGCGGAUCUCCCUCAUCUGAACCGGGGCCCCCCUAGCCCCCCGCACAGCUCCCCACCCUCAACCUGGGCCGGGGGGCACAGGGAUGAGACCAACCAGAACACACCCACCCCCGGCCAAGCCACGAGGCCCCAGCCCUCCUGCCGGCUCCAGGAAGCUCGAAGGAAGCGCAGCUCAGAACGAGUUCUCUCUUCGCUUGUUACUUUACAGAAACAAAGCCGGGACGAGCCCCCCUUCCCUCUCCUUCCGGCCCCCACGCCAGACCCUGGAGCCCUGGCCGGCAACGAUGCUAACCGGACAGUUUUGGUGACAUCCAAAGACUAUUUCAAAGCACUUUGAACCUCUCUGUUGGGUUAUCUUUAUUUCACCCCCACCCCUUCCGUUGGGUUGUCUUUCUCUUUUUUCUUUGUUUUUAUUAUUUUGAAAUAACAAAAAAAAAUAUUUAUUGGCCAAGAAGUUGGUGCUGCUAAAACCGAAAAAUCAAAAGGAAAAUUGGACAGUUGGACACGGAGGGUCUCUGUCUGUUGCCUCCUCCCGUCCUCCCGAGAGGAGAGCCACAUGGGCUGGCUCUGGCAAAAGAGGAAGAGGAAGAGCCCUGGGCCGCAAGCCUCGCUGGAAAGGAGCCGUUCCUGCCUGAGGCCCGGCUCUGGGGAGCCAUCACCUUCCCCAUCCCCCACUCCCCGGACUGCUUGGGGGUGGCGUGGGAGCCCAGCCGUCUUCCACCAGAGCCUUGGAUGGGGGGGAGAGCAAAAAGUGGGGCCAGACACCUGGAGCACCGCGCCCACCCUGCUAGAGCUAAGGCUGAAGCCUGCCCAAGGGGUGGGAAUGAGGUGAGGAGGCGGGCCCAGCUGCCCGCCUCUAACGACAUGGGGCAGCUGGCAGAGACUGAGGGUCCAGAACGCGGGGGCUCUCCCACCUGAGCCCAAGAGGAAAGGGACAAAGAGUUCCUGGAAGCUGCCGCCUACAGAGGAGGCCGGGCUGCAUUUUGAGGGCGUGAGGUGAAGGAGCCCCGUUCCUGACCUCCCAGGGUAUCUUAAGGAGAGCCAAGUUGAGGUGGUUUGGAUCCGGGUCUGGGUCACGGGACUGGGCAGAGGCCUCCUGGGGCUGGCAGCUCCGGUGGGGAGAGGGAAAGGAGACAGCUUGGGGUGGCCAACAGCUAGGCCGGGGCAUAAGCCUCCAGGUCCAGCACUGCCUGGUGGUGCUGGUGGCUAUGGAAAAGCGGUGGGGGGGAUCCUUCUUUCACUGGGGGAGGGAGAGACAACGAGGAAAGGGAUAACUUUGUUCCUGGGAAUUCCUGGGUGGGGCCCCAGCACCCUUAGAGCCCUCUGCACUGUGAGAGCCUCCCCUUCCUGGACCGCCCCCCCCCCCAAUCUAGUACCCCACAGAAGCCUAUACGCUGCUUUCUCGGUAGCCCAUUAGGGUCUUGAGGCUCCCAAGCCUUCAUCCCUUCUUCCUCACUCUUCCCCCCUUCAGCCUCCCCUCUUCUUCACCCACAGUCCCCUCCCCUGGGUCUCUCCCCACUGGGGGAAUGCCGUUAUCCCCUCUUCCCCUCUCCUUUACCUCCCCUCCCCCCCCCCGUCCCAGCCCCUUGGCUGCCGUAGAGAUGACCCAAGUCUACCUCCCUUGCUGGCUAGGCUGACAGUAAUCCUCUACCUCUCCUGACAUACAUACCUGUCUGCUCUGGGCCCGGGGCCAGUGAGGGACAGCUGAGGGCCAGGGCAGAGAUGGCAGCACCCAUCUAAGAGGUUCCCAAGGGCUGGGCCACUAAGUAGGCUGAAGAGUUCUCUGUCCUCCCUAAGGCUCUUUGCUGAACUAAAGCCCCUGCCUCCCUGAAGUGCGUUCACUCCCUCACCCACUGCCCAACACUAGUCCCCUCAUUCCAGUAACCAACCCAGACUGACGUCUUUGAGGGAAGGCCUGGACCUCCCCCCAGGGCCUACGCCCUUUAUUUCCUGCAUGGAUCUGGGAGUCUCUGCUCCCCCGAAAAGGUGCUUGUCCAUCUUCCAUGCCAGGGCUUGGCCAAUCCUGUCCCAUCGCCCCUCCGCCCCAGGCUUCCGGUCAGAGGCAGGUUUCCCCAGGGCUGACAUGGUGCCAGGGAGUUACAGCCAUGUGACUCCCAAACUCAGGCCCUGGAGAGAUCCAGGUCUCUGCCUUUACCCGAUGAUGGUGUGUCUCCUUCCAUCCAAGUCCUGGCUGGAAGGAGCCACCAUCUCUGGGCCUGUCUUCUCCCACUAGACGCUCUUGCUCUGGCUGGGGCCUGUGGGCGGUCUGUGAGGAACCUCGAGCUGGAUGUGGAAGGGAGUGCUCCUCAACUUGACCCUGCUAAUUCUCCUCAUUCCCUUGACUGUGGCACUGUGUGCCUGAGUCUCAUCCAUCCUCAGGACUGGGCCCCUCUAAAAUGGGUCCCUGGGACAUGGGGCUGCCCCUCCUGACAUGGGUACCCAGGACAUGCCCAUCCCUGGCCUCCUCCCUCCACCCUCCCCACCGCCAUGAUUACAUGCAGGCUGCCAGGGAGCCCGCCAGCCCCUGCUUGUCGUGGCCAAGGAAAGCGGUCAACCUGAGAAGUGGCAAAAAGCUUCCAAAAACCUUCCUUCCCUUCUUCCCAUCCUUCCUUCCCACCUUCCCUUUCUCUUCCUUUCCCUUCCCUCCCUUCCUCCUUCCACCUCCUCUGCCCUGAUCUGAAAGCCAUGUGUGUCCCGUGUAUAUAGGAUCUGUGUACAGAGACCAGAAAAACCCUGCCCCUGAACGCCCCCCUACCUCCCCUCAGAAUUAGAAAAAACUCAUCUAUAUAUUCUGUAUCUUGGGUUCCGUUUUGAAUAUUAACUGUGUUAUUUUUAUACACUUUUUAAGCCUUAACUAUAUCAUUGUUUUACCAGUUGUUUGUUUAAUGCCUCUGGUUUUUUUUUUUUGUUGUUUUUCUUUCAUUUGGUUCCUUUUUCCCUUUGUUUCUGAAUUGAUGUUGUAUGAUAUUCAGUAUUGUAGCCUUUUGUCAGCAUGUUAAUACUGUGUAAAUAUGCUCUUAUACAUACUGUUAACACAUCUUUUCUUUUUCUAUGGGAGCGCCAGGCCACGCAUAUUUAGAUCUAGUUACCUUAUUAAAAAAGAGAAAACGGUUUGGGUUUUUUUUUUUCUGUCUUGCAUUGUGGCGGCAGGAAGUUGGGGGCGUAUGCCCCUGGGCCUCGGAAGGGAAGUUUGCAUUAUGUUAAAAAGAAUCAAACGUGGGAGAAAAAAAAAACUAACAGGAAAAAAAAAGAAUUAAAAAAAAAUAUUUGCUCUUUGUAUUUCUCUGUUGUGAAGAAUAAACUGUACAUGCGACUGAGA